AAGAGCUGCUUGUUGAUCUUGCAAAACCUGACCAGACUACAGACAUGAGUGAAGCUGGCCAACCUGAAGUUCAGACUCCACCUUCAGCAGAUUUAAAUAAAGCUUCUUCUAGCAUAGUUGCAAGCACUGAAAACAUUUCCAGUUCACCUACCUCAGAGAUGCCUGCAGUCUCACAGCCUGAUGCAAUACAAGAUUCCAGUGCUGAUAUCCCUGUAGUCAGCUCCAGUGAAACUGAGCAGUCAGAACCUGACUGUGAUAUUGGUGGAACACUUGAGGCUGAAUUGCAGAGUGAACCUUCCUCUUUUGUCAGUCCCCCAGAAAGCCUUGCAGGGCAGCAUAUAGAGAACAUAUCAUCCUCACAUGGCAAGGGAAAGAAGACAAAAUCAGAGUUUGAGUCAAAGGUUUCAGCACCUGAGAAGGGGACAGAUGAGCAAAAGUCUGCUCUGAAUGCCUCAGAGAACUUAAAAAGGGAGAAAGACUAUAAGAAAACAGGAGAAAUUGACCCUACAUCAGUGAUGACCCCAAAGGACCCUGGAGACAUUCCGACAUUUGAUGAAUGGAAGAAGAAAGUCAUGGAAGUGGAGAAAGAAAAGAGUCAGUCAAUGCACCCUUCUGCAGCUGGUGGGCAGCAUGCCACAAAAAAAGUCCAGAAGAACAGAAAUAACUACGCCUCCGUAGAGUGCGGUGCCAAGAUUUUGGCAGCGAAUCCGGAAGCCAAGAGCACUUCUGCUAUUUUGAUGGAAAACAUGGACCUUUACAUGCUAAAUCCUUGCAGUACUAAAAUCUGGUUUGUUAUCGAGCUCUGUGAACCAGUCCAAGUAAAGCAGUUCGACAUUGCAAACCAUGAAUUGUUCUCCUCCACUCCCAAAGACUUCCUGGUGUCUAUUAGUGACAGGUACCCAACGAACAAAUGGAUUAAAUUAGGUACUUUCCAUGCCAGAGAUGAGAGAAAUGUCCAAAGCUUUCCUCUGGAUGAACAGAUGUAUGCAAAAUAUGUUAAGGUGGAGCUGAUAUCGCACUUUGGAUCGGAACAUUUUUGUCCUUUAAGUCUUAUAAGGGUAUUUGGUACAAGCAUGGUUGAAGAGUACGAAGAGAUAGCGGAUUCCCAGUAUCAGUCUGAGCGACAAGAACUCUUUGAUGAAGACUAUGAUUAUCCACUGGAUUACAGUACAGGGGAAGAAAAAUCUUCCAAAAACCUCCUUGGUUCUGCUACAAAUGCUAUCCUGAGUAUGGUGAAUAUUGCUGCUAACAUGCUUGGAGCCAAAACUGAAGAGUCACCUGAAGCUGAAGCAGGGAACAAAAGCGUGUCUGAAAAUGUCACUGCCACCCCUGCAACUUCAACAGCUGCACCAAGGCUGCCUGAACCAACUCCUGUCCCUUCACCAGAACUUGUUACUAAAGAGAUCCUACAGAUAGAUAAAGAGCAACUAACUGUGGAUUCCACCAAAGAAAGUCCUAUUGUUCAGCUAGUACAAGAGUAUGAGGAAGACACGAGCCAGUCAACGAUAACCUUGCUGCCCAGUGAUGAUCAGGAAGAGGAGGCAUCCACAUGGUUUGAACUGGAAACAGAGAAGUACUGCUGUGACAUGGCAACAGUGUGUUGUGUUUCCACCUUUUCAGAGUACCUGUUGAAGUGGUGCUCGGUUGCAGCAGCUGUGUGCCGGCAGCAUGGUAAAGCUGGAGGUAAACAAGGGCAAGAUGACACUGCUGGUGUUCAGCAGCCACAGGCAGUUCUGACCGAGUCUGUACAUCCGUCAGCAGAUGAGCCUCUGCCUGAGCAAGCAGCCAGCCAAGCUGAGAGACCAUCUGGAACUCCUGUGGCAGUCGACUUCAGCAGCGCGGUCCAUGAGGAGGUCAGUAACGACACCAUAGAUUCAGUCGAGCUGGAACCCAGCCAUCCUCAGACCGUCUCUCAGUCCCUCCUCUUAGAAGUCACUUCUGAAGUGAAGCCAUUGCCAACAACAGACAUUGUGUUGGAGCCUGCAAAAGAAGAUGCAGGCCGGGCAGCAGCAAGGGUGACUCCCCCAGUGGAUGUAGCUGACAUCAGUGCAGAAACAGAGCAGGCUGAGAGCUCUGUUGCAGAAGAAAAGCCUCUGGCUUCUGAGACCAGUGUGGCCACUGAGGUAAAGGAGAUGAGCACAAAAGAGAUUGUGGCCACUCCAGUGAUUGCAAGUCCUGCAGACACUGCUCUUCAGCCUGAACAUACAGUGGGGACUCCAGCCAGUGAUGCUGGGGAAGGAAAGGAGAGUGCUCCAGACGUGCAAAAACCUGUUCAGCCUCCUGCGGAAUCUUCUGUGUCUGCCGAAACAAAGGAGGAGGAUCAGGCAACUGAGGAAGCUUUAAUGGCGAUUCAGGUCUCAGGGGGACCACAGAGAACAGCUACAGACUUCUAUGCUGAGCUGCAGAAUUCAACAGACCUGGGCUAUGCCAAUGGGAAUCUUGUUCAUGGGUCUAAUCAAAAGGAGUCUGUCUUCAUGCGCCUCAACAACCGCAUCAAAGCCCUGGAGGUGAACAUGUCUCUCAGCAGCCGCUACCUGGAAGAGCUUAGCCAGAGGUACCGCAAGCAAAUGGAGGAAAUGCAGAAGGCUUUCAAUAAAACAAUAAUAAAACUCCAGAACACCUCAAGAAUAGCAGAGGAGCAGGACCAGCGGCAGACGGAGGCCAUCCAGCUGCUGCAGGCACAGCUCACCAACGUCACGCAGCUGGUGCACAACCUGUCAGCAACUGUGGCAGACCUCAAACGAGAGGUGUCUGAUCGCCAGACGUACCUGGUGAUUGCCCUGCUGCUCUGCGUCACCCUGGGCCUGGUGCUGUGUGUGCAGCGCUGCAGGGGCCCUUCUCGCUUCUGUGAUGAUUACCUCUCCAGAAUUCCCAAAAGCAAUCACUACCCCAGCCCCAAAAGGUGUUUUUCCUCCUAUGAUGAUAUGAAUUUGAAAAGAAGAACUUCUCUUCCCCUGGUCAGAUCCCAGUCUUUCCAGCUAGCUGGUAAAGAAGUGGACCCAGAGGACCUGUACAUUGUGGAGCCCCUGAAGUUCUCCCCAGAGAAGAAGAAAAAGCGUUGCAAGUACAAAAGUGAAAAAAUAGAGACUCUGAAGCCAGCAGCAGAGCCUCUGCACCCCAUAGCCAACGGGGAGGUUAAAGGAAGGAAGCUGUUCACCAACCAGAGGGACUUCUCUAACAUUGGGGAGGUUUAUCACUCUUCCUACAAGGGCCCUCCGUCCGAAGGGAGCUCUGAAACCUCGUCACAGUCUGAGGAGUCCUAUUUCUGUGGCAUUUCAGCUUGCACAAGUCUGUGCAAUGGACAGGCCCAAAAGACAAAGACUGAGAAGAGGGCUGUGAAACGGAGACGGUCUAAAGUGUCCGAGCAAGGGAAGCUCAUCAAAACUCUGAUACAGACUAAGUCGGGGUCGAUGCCGAGCCUGCAUGACAUCAUGAAAGGAAACAAAGACAUCACAGUGGGCACACUUGGUGUCACCACAGUCUCUGGACAAAUCUAAACGUAGCUGAGCUUCUCAAACAGGAGAGCCUUUGUUCGUUUGAGAACAGCCUGUGGUAUUCGGUGGGCGGACAGUGGGAGACCAAGAGCUCAACUAAUUGGAAAGCAUUCAGAAAUUUGGUUUCUGCCUUUUUAAAUGGAUGGGAUUGUGUCAAUCUUGGCUAUAAGCUGCAGCAUUACAAGGCUGAUCAUUUCCUAUGAGAACAGCUCGGGGGGAGGGAGAGCAGGGGUCAUUUUAUAAAGGUUUUUUUUCACAGUUCCUAGGGCAGAGAUUUUUUGAAACCCAGUUUGUUGGGUGGAAUAGGGAUAAAAGCCUAAUCCUCUUCCUUCAGCUUUGUUCCUAUUUCUUGCACCUUCCCAUAUUUAUGUGCCUUUUGUCUAUUUAUAAUGCCACUGGAAGAGGGGAGAUAGAAUUGUUUGUCAUUGGAUUUCUUUUGUAAUUUCUCUAGCUUUUUUUGAAGAUGCAACACUACAGUGCUGUAAGGGAUGUGUUGGCCUCCAGCUGGACUCAGCAACGUGGGCUGGAUACUGUAAUCAUACUAACCGUUGGACCUGCCUUGACCAGG